UUCGGCUACGGUUUCGAUGUCUGGCGGCGUCCACGUCUUUAUAAGAAUUGCGUGGGGCGCAGCUGAUCCGCUCAGUGCUGCGACGGUUCCCAAGCGACGCAGAUCGGCGGAGAUACAUAUAUACCCGACUCAUAGUCCCAGUCGGCGAUAGUCAAAGUGGAGAACCGAAGGGCCUAACGGCACACUCGAGACGAGAGACAGUCGAUAAGAUUAACGUCAACUUAAUUAAAAGCACGGAAAAUAAAAGCCAGGCACCAAACAAACGAUCCAUCGAUCGAUCGAUCGCAUCGCAACUAGCCUUAGAUAAUAAAUGGCCAACUCGAGUGGCACUCGUUCAAGUGAUUUGUGAUUGUGGCUCAGUUAAACGCAGACUAAAGCCCUGGGAAAAAAGUGUGUGACUCAGGUUGGCAAGUUUCCACAUCCCCAAGAUCCAAGGGAUCGCAUUCGACAGCGGAACCAGAACCAGAUACAACAGCAGAAUGUACGUGGCCAACACCACGGGCGGCCUAAUGCUGCAGACCAUGCUGUACUUGGCCAACCACACCAGUCGGGCGGCAGUCAACACCCUGGUGGACCUGCCACCAGCUCCCAAAAGUGACAUCAACGAGGUGAAAUGCUUCGGCGUGUACGGCUGUUUUCCGAUCAAUGGGCCCUGGAACACGGUGACCCGUUCGAUAAAUGUGCAUCCGCAGAAGCCAUCGGAGAUCGAGCCCCAUUUCACGCUGCACACGCGAAGGGCACUGGACCAGCCGAAGUAUCUGGAUCUCAAUGAUCCGGAUAGCAUACAGGGCAUGGGCAUGGAUCCCAAGGGCAAGAUAUUUCUGCUGGUCCAUGGAUACCUGGAGUCGGGUGAGAUUCCCUGGAUGUGGGACAUGGCCAAGGCGCUGCUGGCCCACGAGCCCGAGGGUCGGGCGGCCGUGGUCCUAAUCGACUGGGGCGGUGGCGCCAGUCCGCCCUAUGUCCAGGCGGUUGCCAAUAUUCGGCUGGUGGGCGCCAUCACCGCACAUGUGGUGCACAUGCUGUACGAGGAGUUGCGUCUGCCCAAUCUGGACAAUGUGCACAUCAUUGGCCACUCACUGGGUGCCCAUCUGUCCGGCUAUGCCGGCUAUCAUCUGCAGCACGACUUCGGACUGAAACCGGCCAGGAUAACGGGUCUGGAUCCGGCUGCUCCCCUCUUCACCGACACCGAUCCCAUCGUGCGGCUGGACAAGACGGAUGCCCACUUCGUGGACAUUGUGCACACGGAUGCCAAUCCCCUGAUGAAGGGCGGACUGGGCAUCAAUAUGCGGCUGGGCCAUGUGGACUUCUUUCCCAACGGCGGAUUCGAUAAUCCCGGCUGCAACAAGAAGUUCCAGGAUGUGGUCAAGAAGAAGACGCUGUUCCUAACCAUGCAGGAGUUCCUCGGCUGCAAUCACAUCCGCAGUCAGCAGUAUUUCACGGAGAGCAUCGGCUCGCAGUGUCCUUUCCUUGGAAUAACCUGUGACUCCUUCGAGAGCUUCAAGGACACAAAGUGCACCAGCUGCGAGGAGCCGGGCCACACGUGCCUGCGAAUGGGCUACCACAGCCAGGAGGACUACCAGGAGCAGGUGGAUCUCGGCCAGCUGCAACAGGGCGAUUCACCAGGAGUCUUCUACCUUUGGACGGGAGAUAGCAAACCCUUCUGCCGACUGCACUACAGGAUAACAGUGCGGGUUUCCGGACACGACGAGAGCACUCUGCACGGCGGCGAGGUGGGCAUCCUGUCCAUUCAGCUCCACGACGCCCUGGUGAAGAAGGCUGGCAAAAGGGAACGAGCUGCCACGGAUAUGAUGAAGUUCUCCCAGAAGGCAAUGUACUUUGAGCCCGGCUAUGAAUACAAGGCUUUGGUGGCCGGACGGAAUCUCCGGCAGCCGGAAUACGCGACUGUAAAUUGGGAGUACCCCACCAGUAUACUGAAUCCACUCACCUGGCGCAUCCUAUCUGCGCCGCGUAUCUACUUGGAGUACAUCCUCAUCGAGGUGAUGGAGUCCAGUGACAUAUACCUAAAGUUGUGUCCUCAGCACGAAGGAGCCAUUCUCACGGGCGCCGAAAAUGUCCUGCGCUCCAGCUAUUGCAAGGAUUAAUAAUUACCUGUUUACUUAGCAACUUUGGUAGUUUAUUGGCUAAUUGAUGAUGAUAUUAUCAUUUCAAUUAAUUGAUUAAUUAUCUACUAAAUUCGGAAUUGUUUGUUAGCUAUAUCGUUACUUAAUUAGCUAAUUAAUUCUGAGUUUCUCUCAUGUCUAAUGAUUAAUUAGCUAAUUAAUUAUGAAAUUAGUUGGCACUUCCUCAGCACAAAUGCUUUUUGUAGAAAAAGAAUGCAAGCAGUGCAGGUUUGCGCCACCGCUAAGUUGUUUACACAACCAGAAGCGGCACAAUGCUGCGUGUCUGUGCUAUGGGAACAGACCGAAACACUGUUCCCAGUUUGACAUUUAUAGCAACUCGCUGAGGAGGAACAGUUUGUAUUUUAUUAUAGUAUUUUAAUAGUUCGAAAUGCGAAUCAAUCGUCAAACCGUUAUUUAUUGUAUAAAAUAAUAUUUUCCAUACAUUUUUUUUUGAGUUAAAUCUAUUUGUAGUCGUGUGUAGUGCACCAAUAUAGUCUAAUUUAAUGUAAAUAAACAUGCAAAUUUUAAACAUGCCA